UAUGAUAUGAUGAGUGACCAUGAAGAAAGUCUUGGUUCUGGGGGAAAUAUUUCAGUUGACCUUAGUGUUCCUGAUCAAAAGAUUCCCGAAGAUGAACUUAAAUUUUCAAUAAGAAACAUUUUACAACUGGUCGAUAGCGACAAAACUUCAACAGUGCAAAAAGAAACUGUAUUAACACCAAAACCGUCACCAGAGGUUAAAGUAUGUAUUAAGAAUAAACGUAACAGGACAACAUUUUCCACGAGGCAAUUGCAAGAACUUGAAAAAGUAUUCAAAAAGACACAUUAUCCAGAUGUUUUCCUAAGAGAAAGAUUAGCAUCAAAAGUUAAACUUCCAGAAUCGAGAAUACAAGUUUGGUUCCAGAACAGAAGAGCAAAGUGGAGAAAAAGAGAGAAGUUUUGUUCUUCUCCUAGUACCUUUUCGUGUAAUCUUCAGUUUCCUGUCUGGAAUUCUGGGAGAACUUUUAUGAAUCCGUAUACACUGAUGACUGCACAGUUGGAUGCGACGACAAGAAUUCCAAUCCCUCACAUAUCUAGUUUAUUUAAAUAUACUUCAGCCGUCAGACGGGAGAGUAUGGCUACAAGAACUGAUGCUGUUCAACACUGCCCACCAUCGCCACAGACCUUGAAGAGUUUUAAAAUCUAG